CUCACAGCAUCAGCAGAGCUAUGUGCAAGUGCAAAGAGGCCGCAAGACAUGACCGUCCGUCCUUGCGUGUUCGUGCAGGCCACGCGUUGCAGCUGCUGGAGGGAGAGCUCGGAGGCAAGGAGGGAGGAUGCAUGCCGAGCUCGGAUAAAAGUUUAG